CAAUAUGGAGGCUUUAGUGAAGAGAUGUAUCAAGCGCAGCAGCAGCAGCAACAGCAGCAGCAGCCGCAGCAGCCGUGCAUGAACAACGGCUUCCACGGAUGCGGUGGCUGCGCUGGCUGCGGAGGCUGCGCCGGCUGCGGUGGCUGCGCUGGCUGCGGAGGCUGCGCCGGCUGCGGAGGCUGCGCUGGCUGCGGAGGCUGUGGGAACUUUGUCAAUGGCAUGGCCAACUACGGCGGCUUCCAAGAUCCCAUGAAGCCGCAAGGUGGCUACAAUGGUGGCUUCCAACAAAAUAUGGUCUCCUAUCAAAACAAUGGCUUCACCCAAGAUUUCCAGCAACAGGGACAUCAACAACAUGAAGGCUAUGGCUGGCGGCAGGAGUACUCCCAGGGUGCCGUCCCAGAAUAUGAGGCCGAGGCCUUAUGGUCCACCACGGCCGAUGAGGAAUUCGCACAGGUCCAUGUCUUUGGUCCCAGUGGUGAACAAGUUCCUCCUGCUGUGACCAGCUUCCAACAGGCGCAGGAAUUGUUCCCAGAAAUACUGAUUCACAAGCUGCUAGAGGCCGGCUUCACAGCCCCGACCCCCAUCCAGGCGCAUACCUGGGCCAUUGGGGUGGCAGGUCGAGAUUUGAUUGGCAUUGCGAAGACGGGCAGUGGCAAAACCUUGGCCUUUCUGAUGCCUGGCUUCCUGAGGAUCACCCAAACCCGCAGCCGCAUGCCUCAGCUCUGUGUCCUAGCCCCCACCCGUGAGUUGGCGUGUCAAAUUGAAGCGGAAGCCGAGAAAUUCGGCCGAGCCGCGGGCAUUCGAACCGUCUGCUGCUAUGGUGGGGCACCCAGGGGUCAACAGCUGGGGGCUUUGAGGCGUGGAGCCCAGGUGAUUGUAGCUUGCCCUGGACGCCUCAAUGACUUUUUGCAGAGUGGCUCUGUGAGUUUGGCCAACGUGUCCUACCUGGUCUUGGAUGAAGCAGACCGGAUGCUGGACAUGGGAUUUGAACCCCAGAUCCGACAAGUCAUCAAGGAAGUUCCUGAACAGCGACAAACUUUGCUCUUCACUGCCACCUGGCCCCGAGAAGUGCGAUCUUUGGCCAGUGAGUUCCUGAAACGACCCAUCCACGUCCAAACGGGCGCGGUGCAUGAGAUGACGGUGAACAAAGACAUCAAGCAGCGAGUCAUGUUUUGCUCCGAUGAAGCUGACAAGGCCCAACAGCUCUUGCAGAUCCUGCACUCUUUGGGCCGCGGCGAUCGAUGCCUGAUCUUUUGUGAAAUGAAGAGAUCUUGUGAGAUUUUGGCCAACGAUUUGAUGCAGUAUCAUGGGGUACCAGCCGUGCGAAUCCACGGUGACAUGGCACAAUACGAGCGAACUGCUGCGUUGGAGGCCUUCAAGAGUGGCCAGAGCCCAAUCCUUUGUGCCACCGAUGUUGCUGCACGAGGACUUGAUAUCAAGGGUGUGACCUGCGUCAUAAACUACGAUGCAGCUGGAUCAGGAAAAGACUACGUCCAUCGCAUUGGAAGAACUGGCCGCGCUGGUCAGAAGGGCUUAGCGUAUUCUCUGCUCAUCUUGCAGAAGGAGGACAAGAAAGCGCAGGAAAUUGCCGCCGUGCUGGUGAGGAGUGGCGCCACAAUCCCUCCUGAGUUGGAGCGCUUCGCCAAUCGCAGAGAGGGCGGCUAUAGAAAGGGUGACAAGGGGAAAGGCAAAGGCCGAGGGAAAGGAAAGGACAGAGGCAAAGGCAAAGAUGGAGGGAAAGGCAAAGGAAAAGGUGGCGGCAAAGGAAAAGGUGGUGGCAAAGGCAAGCCAAGGGAGUGAGUUGUUGUCCAGUGAGCCGGCCCUGCCACCCGGCUUUCAACCGAUAAUCCCUGUAUGUCUCACCACAUGUGAAGGACUAUAACGGAC